AUGGCUGACCCAGUUACCUGCCACAUUCUGGAUACCACUAAAGGUAAACCCGCUUUUAACGUGGAUUGUGCCAUCUUCCAGCUGUCCCCAUCUGUGGACGUAGUACUUGACAACGAGAUCGGCAAUGAAAGACCAUUUGCUGUGGCAAAAACUAAUGAAGACGGCAGAAUCCCUUAUUGGAUAAUUGAUCCAAAACUUAGCAGAGGCAAACAAGAAGUACUAGGAAUAAAGGACGAUAAGUGGAAGACUUUGACCCCAGGAAUUUAUAAGAUAAGAUUUCAUGUUAAGAAGUACUUUCAAGCAACUGGAACUACAACUUUUUUCCCAUUUGUGGAUAUCAUUUUCCAGAUAGAUGACCCGCCUGAAAAUCACUACCAUAUUCCUUUAUUAUUGUCCAAUCAUAGUUAUACUACAUAUCGAGGGAGUUAA